CAACUGGACGCGACGUCGAACUUCGACCAGCUCACUCUCAUCGCACCCACUCCGGCACCGCACCAUCACCGCGCUCCGUUUUAUUCUCUACGCGUCCUCGCAUGCUCGCUCACUUCCGGCUCUCGCUUCUUCUUCGUGGAUUACACAGGAUUUGCCGUUUUCCGGAGCCAUUUUGGUGUUUUUAAGCGCCAUAACGAAGUCUUAGGGUUCUGUAUGAGAGGGUUCACACGCAUCGAGAUUCGUGGACUUGCGAGAUCGCGGUCUCCAGAGGAAUUUUGACGUAAACGUCGCAUAAUUUGGUACUCUUGAGGUUGUGGUGGUGGUAUCGGUGAGUUUUGAGGGGCAGGGUGGGUGUAAUUGAAGUGUUGGGUGAUGCGUCGAAUCGUGGAGUUCUGAUGAGAUUCUUGCCGUGGAGCGUUCAAUUCGCAGAUGGCUGCCGCAGGGCGUCAAGCUCCUCUUAAGCCUUGGGAACGCGCAGGAACACAAACCAGCAGCGCUGCUAGCGGACCCUCCCCAUUUGCACCUUCUUCAAAUACCACCAGCACUGCUGCGACUGUUUCUAGUGCCGGCGUUACUGAUGCUGGAAAGCUUGACGAAAAUGGGAUUGCGAAUCAAACAGGAGCAGUUGCUGGGCGACCGAAUCCUCCUAGACCAUGGGAGCAGAAUUCUACUGGCUAUGGGGGCGUGGUGAACAGUUACAAUAGGCCUUCAAUGUACGGCUCAGGUUCAACCUUGGGUGGUUAUGGCGGCAGCAGCUAUGGUGGUGUAGGAGGUUAUGGUGGUACAUAUGGAAGUUCUUAUGGGGGUAUGGGGGGUUAUGGAAGCAGUUAUGGAGGCUUAGGCAGUAGUUAUGGGGGUGGUUUGUACAAUAGAGGUUUGGGCAGUACUUAUGGUGGAUACGGAGGGAUGGGUGGUUAUGGGGGUAUGGGAGGAUACGGGGGAGGGAUGGGCGGAUAUGGUGGCAUGGGUGGGCCAGGAGCCAUGGGUCCUUACGGUUAUGGAGGCCAAGGUGAUCCGAAUAAUCCGAUGGGAGGAGAACCCCCUCAAGCACCAAACUUCUGGCAGCAAAUGCUUCGAGGGUUGAAUGGGUUUUUGACCUUUUUUGGAAGACUUUCUAUGCUCGUGGACGAGAACACGCAUGCAUUGCACUUUUUUAUAACCGCAUUGCUCCAAUUGUUCGACCGGGCUGGAGUGCUUUAUGGAGAGCUUGCUCGAUUUGUUCUUCGAAUGCUUGGUGUGAAGAGCAAAGCUCGUACAAAGAUUGCAACCCCUCCACCAGCUCUGCCUGGUCCUGGUGGCGAUGGAUCCAACUUCGAUGCUGUAUGGGGCAAUGCUCCCACUGGUGGCUUCCCUUAAAACAGAGUUGCAAGUAUGCCUCUUUUGAUUCAAGCUAACUAGCUACAUACAAGAACUAUUUCCAAUCUGUGGAAAUGCAAGGAUGUGCCACAGACCAUUAUCUGUUAUUCAUAAUCCUAUUGCACAUUUACAGCAAGAACCUCAUCCAUAGACGCAUACGAUCUUAUGAAUGUCGAACGUAUUCUCAUAGAAGAUGUAGAGCAGAGUAGGUGAUAAGCUGUGGAGCCUGAAGUUUAGCAGUGUCUCCUCGGCGCUUCUCAUACAAAGCAUAAAUGGUUGUCGAAGGUUGUGAGUGAGGUGGGAAAAGAGUUCGGUGCAGUGAACGAACGGCAGGACUAGUAGUAGGCAGAAUACCUCACACAGUACAACUCCUAGAUUCUGUGAAGUAUACUGAGUUGUAUUAGUUCUAAGUACGAUGUGGAUGUGCACGCGUGUCAUACUUGUUUUGUUCACUGUUUCCUACAACUAUUGCUGACUAGCACAAGGCAGUGGCAUUCUCUGUAUCCGUAUUUAUUCUAGUGGUGUUGGAUAUGACCUCAAUUGUAGGUUUGAUGCGUAA